ACAACCGUUUGCUCCAACGGAAAGAUAACUUUUCUUCGAGAGUUAUCCUUCUUAAAUGAAACCCUGGGAAUAAAGCAGACAGCUUUCCCCAGACUGCGUUCGCGCGUGUCGUGAAUGCACGUUUAUCACACCGCAUUGAGGCUAGCCUCUGGCUUUCUUUUAAAAUAUCUGGAAAGUCAUGAGCCGCUUAGACCAUCUGUACAGACGUCUGCUACUGACAAAAUUUUUUACUAAAGGAUGGGGAAAGCCCGAAAACCUAAAAAGGCUGUUUGACUUCAGAAAAGUGAUAUCCAACCGUGAGUUAUGCAGACAUCUUGUGCCUCAAGACUACCCUAUACAUAUUGAUAAGGAGGUUUAUGAUGGAGACUGCCGUAUUCUUGUAGGGCAUUUUUUGUCACCCUUUACCCAUCACAUGCCAGGGAUUAUGCCAAAAGAGGUUGAAACUGCCAGAUUUCAAGUUAUACUGCCUAUGCAAUGGAAGCAUACACUUAAGCCAGUCUGUCUUCAUCUAGCAGGAACUGGAGAUCAUUUCUUUUGGAGAAGGCGACUCCUUAUGGCAAAACCGCUGCUUAAAGAAUCAGGAAUUGCAUCCAUUCUGCUUGAAAAUCCUUAUUAUGGAACAAGGAAACCAAAAGAUCAGCUCCGAUCAAGUCUUCAUAAUGUGAGUGAUCUUUUUGUGAUGGGUGGAGCUCUUAUUCUUGAAUCCCUGGCCCUUCUUCACUGGUGCCAGCGUCAAGGGUUUGGUCCUCUUGGUUUAACAGGCAUCUCCAUGGGUGGACAUAUGGCAUCGUUAGCAGCAACAAAUUGGCAUGAACCAAUAUCAUUGAUUCCCUGCUUGUCCUGGAGUACAGCCUCUGCAGUUUUUACACAGGGAGUAAUGAGAAAAGCUAUUUCAUGGAAGACCUUAAAGAACCAGUUUUUUGAGAACAGUGUAUACCAAGAAGAGAUAAGCAAACUUCUUAUUUCACCAGAAUAUGAGCAACAGGCAUACAAUAUGGGACAAGAGUUUGUCAAAGGUUUAACAAGCAACAAUGAAAAACUUGAACAAACUUACAUGGAAUUUCUCAGAAAUUCUUUUGUUGAAACAAAUUCAAAAGAUGAAACAUUAAAGGCAGAUAACCAAAAAAAUGUGCGAGAGUCUUUGCCUUCAUCUGUGCAACUCUCUGUGAAGGAAACUUUGGGGCUGACUGGGAGAGCUCUGGAUAAAAUGGAUCCUCCAAUACUCUUUCACUUCUGCAAGCCUCUGUUGCACCUCUCGGGAGUGCUGGCUCAGGCAUUCCUCAGCAUGUGGCACCGGCUCCUGAAUCAAAAGUUAGCAGCACACCUCAUGCUCAGCAGUCAGCAACUUUCGAUCCAGGGAGUCAAGACAAAGUAUCUUUACAGAAUGAAUCCCAGUUCUGCAUCAGGACAACAGCUGCUUCAGCAUGCAGUGUCCAAAUCAAAACUGUCUCAUGGCUCUCAGAGUAGUUCUGCAUCUCGUGAUGCUGUUUUAGAUGAGCAGGCCCAUAGUCUAGAGCAAGAAGCAACCAACUUCAUGAUUGGAGUAAUGGAUGAAUGCACACACCUUGGAAAUUUCUCCAUUCCUAUUGAUCCUAAUCUUGUUAUCAUUGUGGCUGCAACACGGGACGCUUAUGUUCCAAGACAAGGGGUCAUACCUCUCGAUCAGCUAUGGCCAGGAUCUGAAGUACGCUACAUUGACCAGGGGCACAUUGCAGCCUUUCUUUUGCAUAAUAAUGUCUUUCGGAAAGCCAUCACGGAUUCCUUUAACAAGCAAAUGAAUCUGUACCACCAACGAUGAUAUAUAAAUAAUACUUUUAGUGGUAAAGGAUGACACACAAUGGACCAUGCCAAUGCAAUAAAAGACUGCUGUAUCUUGCAAAGCAGUAAAAGCUCAAUUUAUUUUUUCAAACAAAAGUGCAGGGAAUCUGAACAGGUUGUUAAUCUAGUGUUUGCCUGAAUAUUGCUUGCAUGAAGUUUCUCUCUUUUGUAAUGAAGUGAUGCAAAGAAGACAUAUUUAAAAGAUAGAAACUGUCACUUUCCACUUGCCACAAGUUUCUUUUUGUGCAAGCCUUGGCUGAACACAAUGAUGAUCAGCUGCUCAGUUGAUGUCCACUUUUAAAGCACUUUAAUCCUGCAUACAUUAUCAUAGAUGCAGGGAUGCAUACAGUUUCCAGCAGGCAGUGCAAACGAUUCCUGUAUCUAGAACACUGAUAUUAUGUUUAACUUGCAUGUCCACAGAGAAGAAAUGAUGUAAUUAUAAUUAGUUUGAUAUUUUAAUCAAUUUUAGUGGCAGAACAUAAAAUAUUUGGUACACUAAAUAUUCAAGAAAACAUUUUUCUACAUAUCAGACUUCAUUAGCUUGUCACCAUCCGGCCAGCUCUUAAGUUUUGCAAAAAUGACUAAUAAUGUAAACUUAAGACACAAACACUUAUUGAAUACCAUACAUUAUUUGUAAAUAUUCUAAGGAAUAACAUGUCCAAAAAAUGUAAAUAACAUAAAAGUUGAGAUAAAUCGUGAAUAUGGACAUUUCUUAUUUUCUUUUUAAUGAAAAUGAUGGCAGUUUUAAUAUGAGUUGAGUGGUGCAUCUGGCUUACACCAUCAUCUGUAGUCUGUUUAUUAUAUUGACAGUUUCCAUUAGGUAACAUUAGACUUAGUGAGGACACAUUCUCUGUUUACAGACAUAAAGUAUUAAAUCAUUUAUCACAGGUUUGACUGCAAUGCUUAAAGAUAUAAUGAAGUAAUGGUAGUGCUGUUUGCGCAGUGAACAUUUAUAAUUCACCAUAUCAGAGGUAUAGCAUGUGGAAGACAGAACCCAACUUUCUACUUCCUUUAAUUCUGAUAAAUCACUAGCAUUUCAGCUGGGUUGGCAAGUGAUGUUUUCUGGUCUAAGCUGGGCUUGUACCCAUGACUUUCUGUUCCAAAGUUGGGAUGCUGAGCAUUUAGCAAGUCUUAAACCAUAAGCAUUACACUCUAUCAGUUAUGCCGUGGGUAAAUUCUUUUUGUGGUGGCUUCACACCCCAGCAUGCCUAGCAGUCUGUAAACAACACAGCUAAUGAUCAACAGAUGAUGACUUAGAUCACACCUUGCAGAGGGACAGAUUUAUCAUCCACUAAUGGUAAAUAAAUAUCAAGGUAAACAUUUGUUAACCAGCUCAUCCCUUUCUUUAGCAUCUUCGGCAAAUCCAAAGCUAAGAGGUUACAUUGGUGAUUUAGUAAUGUCUUAAAGCAAUUAGCAAGCAUGGAAGCUCAAACCUUAUGAGGUUUGAAUAUAUGAGUGUUUGUGCUUUUUGACUAUGACUAUGUGAAUGAGUAUGACUUGUGAUAAAAGUAGAUGGGUAUGCAUAGUUUAGUUGGUGACGUGUCUGCAUAAGAGUGGGAAGAAGUGUGUGGAUUUGUCAUAGUGAUGAAAAUAUGCAAUACAGCACAUAAUGAAACUGGAUGUUUACAAAACUAAUAAUGGGUUCUGUAAGAUGCACGCUUUACAAUGGUUGAUUGUACCAAUUCAUGUGUCCACAGGCAUUGUUAUAUCAAGAUGUCUGAAUUAAGAAUACACUAAAGGAAAUAAAGCUUGGUAAUUGCA